AUGACCAAAUCCAAGCUGCGCCAGCGUCUGUCGGCGGUGUACCAGGACUCGGUGAAGCCCUUCGUAGUGUGCACGUUGGAGUUAUAUCUCUCACUGCUGCUCGUGGUGUCGCUCUUCCAAUGCCCCGAUCCAAGUAGGCGAGACGUGCAGGAGCUACAUACCACGUAUUACAUGGCAUGGGUUCCUCUACUCUGCACGGUGACGCUGCUCUACAGCCCCAAGCUGUUGGGCAAAUACGGUCCAAACCCGGACAACUUCGACCGCAACCUCAUGGGGCUGAAAAUCACUAUGUGGGUCUACGCGUUUGUGGAGCUUGUGCUGGACAAGAACAUGGUGAUCAAAAGCGGGCCGGCGCUGUCUGUAGCCAUUAUCUUUUGUGUCUGCGAUAUGCUGCGCUUCCAAAUGGAAGCAAUGCGGCUAAUCUACGAUGACGAAGAGCUAGAGGACGAGGUCGACCGCCUCGCCAAUAUGGUCAUUACAGCUCUGGAGGACAGCGACGACGAGACCGCAUUCAAACACGCAGUCCGAGAGGUCAUCCAGAGGAACCGCAACCAGUCGGAAAUCGCUGCAAUGCACGAAAUCUCCGGUGAAUGCCAAGACACUAUCGUCAGCUCUCCAUUCGAGAAACAUAUCAGCUCUAAAGAACUACAUGACAAGGAGAAUGGCACCACCGAGUACGGGACAUUGACCAGGAGCCGCGAUCCAUUAUAG